CGAGAGCAGCGGCACCGGCCGGGCUCUGCCGCCGGGCGGCGCGGCCAUGGAGCCGGGCCUGGAGGAGUUGAUGCCGCGGCUGUUGCCCGUGGGCGACUGUGACCUGGCCGAGGACUUCGACCCCACCGUGCCACCCAGGACGCCCCAGGAGUAUCUGAAGCGCGUCCAGAUCGAAGCAGCUCGAUGUCCUGACGUGGUCGUGGCACAAAUAGAUCCCAGAAAAUUGAAAAAGAAGCCAACAGUAAACAUUUCAAUUUCUGGAUGUCAGCCUGCUCCUGAGGGAUACUCUCCAACACUCAAGUGGCAGCAGCAGCAAGUGGCAAAUUUCUCAGCUGUUCGUCAGAGCCUGAACAAGCACAGGAAUCACUGGCGGUCACAACAUUUGGACAGCAAUGUUACUAUGCCAAAGUCUGAGGAUGAAGAAGGCUGGAAGAAGUUCUGCCUCGGUGAAAGAGUAUACUCAGAAAUAGAUGCACUAUCUGAUAAUGAAAAUUUAGGAAUUGAUUACACAAAGGUGGGCUUUCCCCCUUUGCUAAGUAUUGUAAGCAGGAUGAAUCAGGCAACAGUAACCAGUGUCUUAGAAUACCUGAUAAGCUGGUUUGGAGAGAAAAAAUUUACUCCAGAACUGGGUAGAUGGCUUUAUGCACUGCUGGCAUGCCUUGAAAAACCUUUGCUACCUGAAGCUCACUCCCUUAUUCGACAGCUAGCAAGACGAUGUUCAGAAGUCAGGGCACUGGAGGAGAGCAAGAAUGAAGAACAAAUAUCAGCUCUGAACUUGAUAAUCUGCUUAGUUAGCAGGUACUUCAAUCAACAUGACCUGGCUGACGAGCCUUCCUAGGGUGUUGUGGGAGCAUGCAGUAUUUUGCAUUGCCACAGUACAAACAGCACUAUCAGAGUUAACAGCGAGACAUGGCACAGUUCAGACCUGAAGUAUUACACAAUCCCUUCAGAACACCCUCACACUAAGGCAUUUGGGACAGCUGUGAAUAAGUUCAGCUGAAUUUUAGCUGAGAUUGACAUGUCUCCAAUACCAUCAUCACCAUCAUCAUAAAGUGGUAACUGAAGUGUUCAGCAUCAUCUCUCAAGCUCCUGUCUUUGUAAACUACAUGCCUGGUUAGAAAUUUCUACAAUCUGAGUAAUCUACGGACACUGCUAUUAGGUGAAGUCUGAGGUUAUAAUACAAAUUACUCUUUUUCUAACAGACUUAUUGAGGACUUUUUUAAUAAAACUAAAGAAUUUUAAA